UUUACGAAACGCGUUGAAAACAUUCAGGAGUAUGUUGCGACUGAUUGAUCGAAAAGAAUUUAUCGUCGUUGGAUUGUUGGCGGAAACACGAUGUUGGCGUCACGCGAAAAGCUCUGGUACGCGUUCAACGAGGAGAAACUCGUCUACGUAAAGAGGAAAAACGAAGAGAAUGGAAGCGCUGCUAUGACGGUGAAUCGGGUGGUUGUGCUUCUGGGUUUCGUGUCGGGAGUCGCGGUUGCUGUCAUCGGCACCUUAUUGUCCCAAUACAUUGCCAGUUUACCCAAGAAUUCACCGAAUCACCAGGAUUAUCGGCAUGUAUUCAUCCCGCUUCCAUCGGAGGGCAGGUUGAACGUGUACGAAGAAGCUACUCUAGAUGUGGCAUUCCCGAGCGGUCACCUAACCCGUCAACUCGAAGUCGAAAACAGCGCGGCGUCCACCGCCGAAGCUUUGACGUCUUUGUAUUUGGCACUGGAAAUGAAGUUAUCCGGCAAACAAAAGAAAGCGGUGAAACUGUUUCAACACGCGGUGGCUUUGGCGCCCCGUCACCCGGAUAUCUUGAAUCAUUACGGCGAGUUUUUGGAGCACACGCAGAACGACGUUAUCAAGGCGAACGAGUACUACGUGCGCGCGUUAACUUAUCAACCGAAUCACGAAGGAGCGUUGAUGAAUAGUCAGAGGACGGCUCGGGUGGUGGAAAAGUUGGACCGACGGAUGCUCCGGCGUAUAGAUGAGAAACGAAACGCGUUAUCCGCGAUACCUGAUAACAACGCGGCGUUGAUCCGUGCCAAGAAGGAGGCUUACUUUCAACACAUUUACCAUACUGUUGGCAUCGAGGGGAACACCAUGAAUUUAGCUCAGACCAGGGCGAUCGUUGAAACUCGUACCGCGGUCGCUGGUAAGAGCAUCGACGAGCACAACGAGAUUCUCGGCCUGGACGCUGCGAUGAAAUAUAUCAACGCGACCUUGGUCAACAAGGUGGGAUCCAUCUCCAUCAAAGACAUAUUGGAGAUUCACAUGCGGGUUUUGGGACACGUCGAUCCUGUACAGGGUGGUCAGUUUCGACGGACUCAAGUAUACGUGGGUGGUCAUGUGCCUCCCGGUCCCGGGGACAUACACUACCUUAUGGAAGAAUUCACGUUGUGGCUCAACAGCGAGAGAGCUAUUCGAAUGCAUCCGGUCAGAUACGCUGCUCUGGCGCACUACAAGCUGGUACACAUACAUCCGUUCUCCGAUGGAAACGGUAGGACGUCCCGUUUGCUUAUGAACAUGAUCCUGAUGCAGGCUGGUUAUCCACCUGUUAUUAUUCAUAAGCAGCAUCGGCACACGUACUACGAGAACCUUCGAAUAGCAAAUACCGGAGAUAUCCGACCGUUCGUUCGAUUCAUAGCAGAGUGUACCGAACAAACGCUCGAUCUGUUUUUGUGGGCAACUAGCGAGUUUUCGAAGCAAGUACCCGCCCUCAGUCAAGAUACCCUAUUUACCGAGAGACCAAGUACAAUCGCCUUGGAGGACGAUUCCAGCGGCACGGGCGACGACGACGAGGACGACUAAGGCUAAGAUUAGUGCCCGAGCUAUUAUUUUCCUAAACCAAAGAUUCAGAUAGGAGCUACACCGCGCACAGACAUCCUCUUUCCUUUCAUUUACCUUCGCGAUGUACCUUUUACGAUUCGUCCAGAGCACCGCCAAUGUUUCCAAUUUCAAGAGUAUCACACUUCGUCGACCAUUCUCCCAAAUUGUAAUAUGCUUCCACGUAUAGUUUCCGUUCCCUUCUAUCCUAUACGCGCCAAAACAGUCGACACGCAAAAACGGCGAACAGUGCGAAACUCGAUCCAAGACUGUGAUCUAACGUAAGGUAUUACAACGAAAGAUGAUGUAUAUUUAAGUAGGCAAAUUUUAAACCUCGUCGAUAUCGUAUCUAUCGUACGUAUCGUGGAUAUAUCCUGUAUAUAUUUAUCGAGAAACGUGCAGUCGCUACA